AACCAUAUUGUGUUAAGAAGUCAGGGAAAUACUAAACGUGAAAUACGUGCGAGUGUAUGUAAGCGUGCUAAGGUGUGUUCUUACACACAGUUUUGGAUGGGUGUGUAGACAGGCGCUGAAGAGCAGGUCCUUUCCACUGAAACUUGUUCUAGCCUGAGGUGGAAAGGGUUAGCAUUCCUUUGAGGAAAAAAGAACACACACACACACGAUUGUAGCAAUUAUAGAACUAAACUUGGUUUUAUUUAUGCAAAUAAAAAAAAUUCAAGCUUAAUUACAAAUACCUUUUUUUUUUAAAAAAAAAAAAAGGUUUGCGCAGGAAAAUACUACAUCUUUGCCCAGGAUAGCUGCUGUUUAUAGUGUAGACAGGAUGGCUCUACAAUAAUAUUGACUUGUGCUCAUUCCAAAACAGAUUUUUCUGGACAUCUUCAGAAAUUAAGGAUAUCCAAUGGAUGCAGGACGGGUGUUGCAGAUGAUAGUGACGGUGUUGAUCUUCGUGGUGGGUGUAACUCUGAACGGUAUGGUGGUUUGGGUGUUGGGAUUCCGCAGGAGGAGAAGAAGUGGAUCUAUAGGAGGUGAAACACAGGGUGCUGGAAGCUUCCGGAUAUACGUUGUGAACCUGGCUCUGGCUGACCUAAUGUUAAUUAUGCGCACACCUCUCAUGCUGGGCUAUCUACUGAAUGACUUGAGCUGGCCCUUUGGACAGCCUGUGUGCCAAUUAAUUAUGUUCCUACGCUGCCUAGGAUUAUAUGUAGGGGCCUUUUUGCUGAGUGCCAUCGCACUGGAACGUUGUUUGUGCAUAUUACGGCCUGUCUGGGCUCGAAUGAGAAGGCCUCGCUGGGUGGUGCCACUUGUCUGCAUCCUGCAGUGGGCAUUAGCUUCUGUGCUCUCUGUGCCCUACAUUACAGCUGCCGGACUGAUCACAGAUACUAUCAACCGGACCCACUGUAUAGAGAAGGUCAAUGGAACUGGACAAACAAUGCUGUUUGUGGUGGAGUCGGUGGCAGGUUUCCUGCUUCCACUGGUAAUUUUCUUAUCCUGCAACCUGGCUGUAAUUGUUACCGCAAGAAGAGCCGAGAGCGGGCCAUCAGUGACCAGCACGCCUGUCUCUUCCCCUAGUUCCCCUACUGGAUCUGUUUACACAGCACAGAGGCUGACCCGCCUCUACCGGAUCCUCUUCUUCACCAUGCUCCUGUUUCUCACUUGUUGGGUGCCGUACUUCACCUGCCGCUUCCUCAAUACACUUACUACUGGCAAGCAUGAUUGGAAAAGCGUUAAUGACGGAGCAAAACAGGGCAUAUACGUGGCACUGUUCUUUGUGUACAUCAAGAGCGCACUCAACCCAAUUUUGUACGUGUUUGCUGCUCGCGGACUGAGCCGCACUCUCCGUGACUCGCUGCUCUCAACCAUUGUGCGAGUCUUUAAUGAGGAUGUGUCCGAGUCGCUGCGUAGGAAGUCCUUGCGGAGAAAAGACUCACAGAUUUAAAUACGAAUUAUUGUUCAACGACUGAUAUUACAAAACUUUGCGCACUCUUGAGAAAGCUGUGGUCAAAACUAGGAGAAGUGAAACCAUUUCCUGAAAGGAAGUCUAUCUGGCCAGCUCAGGACGAAAGAGACAUAUGCAACUCAAAUAUUAUGUACUGGUUACUUGUAAUGGUGAACUCUUAAGAUUUUCCUAAUACUCCUCAAGCUGCAGAGUCAAGAUUCAGAGAUAAUUAUUAAGAUAUCUUCAUUGCAUUUAUACUUAACAGAAAAUACUGCACAUCUGUUGAAAAGAAAGUAGCUCAAAGACAUUUAUUGUCAUAUUAAUAAAAAAUCCAGUGUACAAAUACUGGAGAUAAUGGAGAUAUCUUCGAGAUAUCAGCUGUGGUCAAGGACAGUGGUACUAGCAUGACAGAUGUAGCUUUGGAACCUUUGUGUACAGUUGAGGAGAUGACAGAUCUGGAAAGACUGAAGGACUAAAGCCCUGCUGCACCGGCUUCUCUGAGUAGAGAU